GCUAGCUAAUCAAUCUACCAGACUACCACAAUGACCAACCCACAUCACUCAAGAAGUGCUCAAGCUGGAAGCAGCCCGGAGUUUAUUAAUCCGCUAGGAAGCAGCCCGGAAAACACUACGAAUGCAAAUGAAGCAAGGGCUGAAACUAGAAGUGCCCAAGAGCAAUUCGACAUAAAUAACUGGCUGCCCAUCACAGCUAACAGGAAUGCAAAAUGGUGGUACUCAGCUUUCCACAAUGUCACGGCUGUUGUUGGUGCAGGAAUACUGGGCUUACCAUAUGCAUUAUCAGGACUUGGCUGGGGCCCUGGAAUUGCAGCCAUAAUCUUGUCCUGGGUGAUCACUUUCUACUCAUUCUGGCAACUGAUAAGACUGCAUGAAAUAGUGCCCGGACAGCGUUUUGAUCGAUACCCAGAACUAGGGCAGCACUGUUUUGGGCCAAAACUAGGGUACUGGAUUAUUAUGCCGCAGCAGGUGACUGUGCAAGUGGCUUCAUCCAUUGUGUAUACAGUUACUGGUGGCAAGUCAUUGAAAAAAUUCUUCGAACUCGUUAUUCCAAGCAUAGGUGGUUUUAGACAAACAUAUUUCAUCCUCUUCUUCACUACUUUGCAAUUAGGGAUCUCCCAAUCUCCCAAUUUCAAUUCUUUGAAAGCAAUUUCUCUCCUCGCUGCAUUCAUGUCCUUUGGUUAUGCAAUGAUAGCGUUUGUGACAUCGACAAUCACGGGUGUGCGUCACCACGAGCAUGUUGAUCAUUCAUUUCGAUCUCAUUCGACACCAAGCAGAGUAUUUGAUAUGUUGAGUGGAUUUGGAACAAUAGCAUUUGCUUUUGCAGGACACAGCGUGGCUUUAGAGAUUCAAGCCACAAUCCCUUCAACUCCAGAGAAACCCUCAAGAAUUGCCAUGUGGAGAGGUGUCGUCGUCGCUUACAGCAUCGUAAUAUUUUGCUAUCUUGCAGUUGCAAUCUCUGGCUUUUGGGCUUUUGGCAAUACUGUAGACGAUGAUGUUCUCCUCUCACUAGAAAAACCUGCUUGGGUCAUCGCAGUUGCAAACCUUAUGGUGUUUUUCCAUGUUAUAGGAAGCUAUCAGGUAUUUUCAAUGCCUGUGUUUGAUGUGAUCGAGUCGUAUUUAGUAAAUAAUUUAACAUUCAAACCAGGACGACAAUUGCGCCUCUUUGCUCGCAGUGCGUACGUACUCGCAGCAGGAUUCAUUGCAGUGUGCAUUCCAUUUUUUGGAGGAUUGUUAGGAUUAUUUGGAGGCUUAGUAUUCUCCUCGACAUCAUAUUACAUGCCUUGCGUUAUGUGGAUUGUCACACAAAAACCAAAAAGAUUUAGUUUACAUUGGUGGGCGUCGUGGUUUUCGAUCGUUGUAGGCGUCCUGCUGGCAAUUUUUUCACCCAUAGGAGGAGCACGUGAGAUUAUUGUACAAGCCAAAAGUUACAAAAUGUUUUCUUAGUGCUCGUACGUUUUAUUUCUUCUUAAUUAGAAUAGAUCGAAUAGAUAGUCUGCAAGAUGUGGUUUACGAGAGAUUUUGUAGUGUGUCGAGAAGUGGGAACAUGUUCGAGUUCACCAAGUGUAAUGAUACAAUUGGUUUGAAACUUGAAAAAAAAAUCUCCAACCAAUUAUAUUAUGACACUUGGUGUACCAGAUUGUGUUCUCGACACCUUAAAAAUUUCUUGUGGUUCACAGAUGGAAAAGUCCGCAUUCUUUUUUUUUGUUUUGUGUUUUUGCAUUCUUGUUUUUGAAUUUUUUGGAAAGCAAGAAUGAAAUGUUGGAACUCAGUUUAAUUGUCAGUUAGAAUUCAUUAAUUUAUUUCC